AUGGCUCCGCCUCGUUAUGGCAACCAGUCCCUGAACGGGCCAUACCACAUACCACAAAAUCAUCUACAAUCACACAACUCGUCUCACCAGCAUGGCGCACUACCUCCUCCAAAUCACCUUAGUACACCUUCCUUCGGCGCCGGAGGUUCAUCCAACGCGAGUCCGUUUGCGAUGGCUGGCAACCUGAACAAUGGAUUCGACAGAAGUAUGUUGGAAGGUGGCAUCCUUCCUGGUCAGAUGACACAAAUGGGUUUCGCAAGAGGCGGACCUGUACAAGCGCAUCAGAACUAUGAUGCGUUGGGUGGACCUCUCGAGCACAAAGACGAUGCGAGAAUCCGUAAUGUCUGGAAACACAACCUCAAAGAAGAGAUGGCGACCCUAAGACAGCUUGUCGACACGUAUGGGUACAUUGCAAUGGACACCGAGUUUCCUGGUAUCGUUGCCCGACCGAUUGGCCAAUUCACCACCAAGGCCGACUACCACUAUCAGACAUUACGAUGUAAUGUAGAUCUGCUCAAAAUGAUACAGCUUGGAAUCACACUAUUCAAGCCAGACGGAUCUUUACCACCUCUGGACGCAGUCCCACCAGCCAAACCACAAUUCCAUCCAAAUCUCCUACCUACUCCGUACACAUGGCAAUUCAACUUCCGGUUCUCCUUGGAGACAGAUAUGUAUGCCCGUGAAUCGACACAGAUGCUCACCAAGGCCGGUAUCGACUUCGACAAGCACGCCAAACAUGGCAUAGAUCCUGACGACUUUGGCUCGCUUCUGAUCAGCUCCGGUCUCGUUCUGGAUCCUGAUGUACGUUGGAUAUCUUUCCACUCCGGCUACGACUUUGGCUAUCUCAUGAAGCUCAUGAUAUGCAAACCGCUUCCCGAGGACGAGGGUCAAUUCCAUAAAUACCUGGAGAAGUUCUUCCCGUCACUAUACGACAUCAAAUUCAUGCUCAAACAUGCCGGUGUCAAAGGACAAAUCAACAGCAAUCAAGCUCUGACACAAGAAGCAGCUUUGAUCAUACAAAGAGUCAUGACCAAGUCAGGCCUACAAGACAUCGCGGAAGAACUUGCAGUAGCACGGAUUGGUCAAGCACAUCAAGCUGGUUCCGACUCCUUGCUUACUGGGCAGGUCUAUUUCAAAAUGAGAGAAAAGAUCUUCAACGGGACUAUCGAAGAAGAUAAAUACAGGUUGCAAGUGUGGGGUCUGAACGCACAGAUGCCCACAGGAGGAGGUCUCAACAACCGUGAUUUCAACACGCCCAACAUGAACGGCGCCACAUUUUACAACCAGAACGGUACACCUACGACACCUCAGACGGGAAAUAUCGGUAUGGCAAGCGGACCUGCACACACACCGGUGCCCGGUCAUAGUAUGCUGGGAAGCAUGACGCCUGGAGGAUUUGGCAACUUCCAAUAUCAAAAGGCGAUGAGUUAG